AUGCAAAUGAUGGGAAUUGCACAUAAUCUCUAUACUUACAGUAUUUUCAUUAACUGUUUCUGUCGCUGUUCUCAACUCUUUCAUGCGUUAGCUAUUCUUGGCAAGAUGAUGAAACACGGCUAUGAGCCCAGCAUUGUAACGCUUUCUUCACUUCUCAAUGGAUACUGUCACGGUAAUAGGAUUUCUGAGGCGGUAGCUCUGGUUGAUCAGAUGGUGGAAAUGGGAUGUAAACCUAACACAGUGACAUUCAACACUCUAAUCCAUGGACUUUUUCUCAACAACAAAGCUUCAGAUGCGGUGGCUUUAGUUGACAGAAUGGUUGCGAAAGGUUGUCAACCGGAUCUUUUUACUUAUGGUGUGGUAGUAAAUGGAGUGUGUAAGAGAGGUGAUACUGAUUUCGCUUUAAAUCUGCUCAAGAAGAUGGAACAAGGGAAAAUAGAGCCAAAUGUUGUGAUCUAUAACACAGUCAUCGAUGGUCUUUGCAAAUACAAACAUGCNGAUGAUGCACUCGACCUAUUCAAUGAAAUGGAGACCAAAGGAACUAGACCAGAUGUUUUUACCUACAACUCCCUCAUAAUUACGUUCAAUGCAUUGAUCGAUGCAUUUUCGAAAGAAGGGAAGCUUUUAGAGGCCGGAAAGUUGUACGAGGAGAUGAUCCGAAGGUCUAUAGAUCCUGAUAUUUUCACUUACAGUUCACUUAUCAAUGGAUUUUGCAUGCACGAUCGCCUUGAUGAGGCCAAGGAUAUGUUUGAUUUGAUGGUUAGCAAGGACUGUCUCCCAAAUGUAGUGACAUAUAGUACUCUUAUAAAUGGAUUUUGCAAGUCGAAGAGAGUAGAGGAUGGCAUGAAACUCUUUCGUGAGAUGUCUCAAAGAGGAUUGGUUGGCAAUACAAUCACUUACAACACUCUUAUCCAAGGGUUUUUUCAAGGUGGAGAUUGUGAGAAUGCCCAACAAGUGUUCAAACAGAUGGUUUCUAAUGGUGUGCCUCCCAAUAUCUGGACCUACAACAUUUUGUUGGAUGGUCUUUGCAAUAAUGGGAAGCUAGAGAAAGCAUUGGUGGUAUUCCAGGAUUUGCAAAACAGUGAAAUGGAACUCGAUAUUGUCACAUAUAAUAUCAUCAUCGAAGGGAUGUGUAAGGCUGGGAAGGUUGAAGAUGGGUGGGAUUUAUUUUGUAGCCUCAGCCUUAAAGGAGUGAAGCCUGAUGUUGUAACAUACAGUACAAUGAUCUCAGGCUUGUGUGGGAAAGGUUUAAAGCAGGAAGCAGAUGCCUUGUUUAUAAAAAUGAAAGAAGACGGGCCUCUCCCAAAUGACUGUACGUAUAAUACGCUAAUCCGGGCACAUCUCAGAGAUGGUGACAAAUUCAGAUCAGCAGAACUCAUCGAAGAAAUGAAGAGUUGUGGGUUUGCCGGAGAUGCUUCAACAAUAAGCUUGGUCUUUAAUAUGCUAUCUGACGGGAGAUUGGAUAAAAGCUUUCUCGAUAUGCUUUCUCAUCAUCCUCGAUAG